AUGAAUUCCAACAAGAGGGCUCAGAUAGACUUGAGCAAUGUGGAGCCCCCAAGAAGAUUAGCAAGAAGGUUGGGAAAUUUGUUCCUGACCAAUGCAGUUCCUGCUGCAGAGGCUGGCCGUUUGUUUCGGGAUGCCGAAGCCAGUGGCAGUGCACACAUGGAUCGCCUUGCAACACUGGGCUCCCGGAGGGCGGACGAUCUAGCUCGACACAGGGAUGUCUUGCGAAAGAUGAAUCGGAAUCGCCACUGGCCUGGUCAGUAUAUUGUGCAAGCACCCUUGUGGAACCACAAGGAGCAGAAAGAGGAACAGGGAGACAUCGUCAUGUGGCUCCCUCAUGAGAUCCUCUAUUGCUUAGACGCCAAAGCAAGGAAUCCUUCCAAUCUCCGGAAACUGGAGGUUUUGCAAGAGCAGGAACGACAGUUCCUGGAUGUCGCUGCCUCCUCGCUUCAGGUAGGCAGCGAGGACCUCAUGCUU